GGGACAGGCCUGGACUGAGCAAUAUCAGGCUAAUGAGGGCCAAGAAGUGACCCUCCAUUCCAUCCGGACCGGGUUUAGAGAGUUUGCGUGUGACAUGGUGACCCACGUUGGGACCAAAGUUAAGAGAUUACAGGAAGGCGCAGAGAAGUUAUGUGCAGGCGCCAGGGUAGCGGCCACGGCAGAGGCUGAAACGCGUCCCCGCAAAGAGCCUGUCAAGCUCAAAUUUCAUGAUUCUUAUAGCGGGAAAAAGGAUGAUAAUUUUGAUAAUUGGGAGGCCAGCAUUAACACGUAUGUGUAUUUACAACAUAUCGCGCCAGAGGAACAAGUCCUCGUGGCAUUCCAUGCGCUGAAGGAUGAAGCGGCCAGCUUUGCCAGGUCCCUUGUGUGCGCAGCCGAUUGUGAGCACAAUAUGGUUGCGUACUCUAGGCUCACCCCUCUUCCUACUUUCCUCAAACUCCUGCGAGAGAGGUUCGCUGGCGUCACAAGGGGCGUCAGGGCCUCCGAUAAACUGCAAACAAUCCACUCCAGGCGGUGGAAGAGUGCAAGAGCACUCAAAGCAGUGAUGGAUGACCUUGUAGCCAUCCCAGACCACGGGGUCACUGCGACCCAGUUGGUUAACUUAUUUUAUCGUGCCAUGCCAAAGCCCUUGCGAGGGCAUUUCUUUGAUAAGACCCAACAAACCAAUAUUACGUAUGGUGCGUUAAGUAGGGAAGUGGUCCUGUUCGAGGCGAAGUCCAUGCUAGUUUCCACUUUCUGGCAUAAGGACUUAGACAAGGGAAAGAAGUGGAAGGGACGUACCAUCUCAGGUCAGGUUAGGGCCAAGGAUCACCUGAUCCUUACUUUGGAUGAGGGUGGUACGGACGAAGUCCCCUACAGUCAGAUUGAAUGGGGGCUAGAGGAGGAGGACAGUGGUGUUCUCCAACGAGCUCGAAAAUUUUCGAUUGCCCACGCACAGGACAUGGUGUCGAGUUUCGAGAACUUGCGGCGAAGGUUUCAUCAGACGGGUCGAAUGGCGGAAUUUGAGCAGAUGGCCAAGGAAAUGGCACCUGAGCAGCAAGAAGAGCUGCUGCAGGCGCUGGUCGGAGAACUGGGAAUGGGGAGGAUAAAAUCCGCUUGGAAAAGUUUUGGAACUGAAGAUUCAACUGAGAACCAACCGGGUCCAAACCAACCUGGUUCGGACCAACCAGAUCCGAAUGAUGGGCCCACAACAGGAGAGAAAAAGAAGGGUGGCGAGAGCCAAGCAACACCUCGUGCUGCUGCUUCCUCAACCGCUAAACAUGGCGGCGCAGGUGGAUCGAGCUCUGGAGUCCUUGGGGAGAUGAUCGGGAGUGUGAGUGAUGGGAGGAUGAACAGGAAGAUUGAGGCAUUGUACUUGCUAAGGUUUCUUAAGACCAUGCAUUAUCGCAACCAGGUGAUGCAUGCCGUGAAUGUGAUUUUCUCAGUGCGAAGGCGGAUGAUGCGAGAUGAAGAGGAGGACAAAGAGGAAGAGGAGAGAGAGGAGGAAGAGCAGCGAGCAAUCAAUAGUAGGAAACGAAGGCGAAUGCCCUCAAAGAGCAACAUAAAGAGGAUGGUUUGGGCAUGGAUAGAAGAAAAAGAAGUAAAGAGUAAGAGGCAGAAAGGUCGCGAAGGAACUUGGCAACCACAUGGAGUUCGUCCCGAAGAGCAGGAGCCACAAGGCGGACAUGGUAGGCACGGCGAUGACGACGAUGGCAAUGACGCUGCCAAGGAGGAGGAUAGUGACGAUGAUGGAAUUGAGGAUGGGGAUUCGUCCACCUGGUCAUCGUUGUGGGGGGAGGAUGAUAACCCUUUGCCCAGUCUUUCGGACGAUGAGGAGGACAGCUAUGACAGGGCUUUUUCAAGAAGUGCUAGGGGUAAAGGCUCCCGACAUGGUGGAGAGAACGAGGAAUCCAGAAGUGGAACAAAGAGCGACAGGCUAUCUUCGAGUCGAUCGAAGAGUAUCAGUAGGGUGGAGCGUUGGAAGAAAGAAAGAAGAGAGCAGGCCUCUGGAGGUUCCCGAAGUGUGGCAGACAGUUCACCAAGCAGUCGUUUGACCAAAGCCACAGGUGAAAGCUAUGGGGAACUCGUGCGGACAUUGCUCGACCCCCAGACAGAGUCACAUAUAUUGGAUAUCCAAGAUGAGUAUGUCUAUGACGUGGAGAUAGGUGCAUACCGCGUUCUAGACGGGAACGGGCUGCCAGUUAUGUACAAAGGGGCGUUAGCUGAGUUCAAAAAUCUGCGGGCCGAAAUCGUCAGGAUUGGGAGCAAAUUCCUGGACAAAGAAAAGCACCACCUGGAGGAGCUCAAACAAGAAGAAAAAGGAAGGUAGGUAGGCAGGUAUGUCAGCUACCCUGAUGGCCCUCUUCCCUCUCCGUGGAGACAUGCGAUCACUAUAAUCUGGGGGAGAUGAGGAUGAACAGUGCAGGCUCACAAACAUAACCCCUUUCCCUCCACCCCCCCUUACUUCCUACAGAACUCCACCGCCUACACCUUUCCUUCCUCCCUCCUCUUGUAUACUACCAGUAAAUGCAUACGAAUGAG